AUGGCCGGUACGUAUAUCACUCUCAAAUCCAAAUCCAAAUCCUCCAAGCUUCUCCUACCACUCCUCCACCAUCCAAUCCAAAACGGCACUCCAUUCUCAUUUCUGUUGAGCAACCACCCGCUCGGCAUUUUCCAUCUAUACAUGCGAAUCAUUAGCUACUUCUUUAACCGCAUGGUUAAGGAUCUCGACAGCAACAGCGACCGGUACGGCUUCCUGGGCGCCAGCAGAUACAUAGCAAACGAGCGCGCGACAGCCAACGAGGUCAUGAUCCUAGCGUACUUGUGCACGUACGAGGGUUUGCAUACAUUUGCUCAUGCGGAAGGUGGCGUGCAUCGCGAGGCUUGGAGCUAUUGGAAUACCGAGGUUAUGGCCAAGGGGAAGACUGAGGAGGGUCGCAUGUUCAGCAUCAUGUAUGAGGCCUACCAGGUCCCCGUCGGGAAGUGGGAGAACAUCUAUGUGAACUAUGAUCCCAGUGGACUGGGCGCGAUGACACAGAAGGUCAAUGUUCAUGGCCGGGAGAAGUGGGUCCGUCCGUUAAUUGAUACAAGGAAGGGGCUGUUGAGGAACAGCAAGGGGCGGAUGGCAGUGAGCGCGGAGAAUGACCGAGAGAUCUAUGGAGAUGACCCGUAUGCGAAUGAAACCGCUCGAUUGGGCCCUAAGAGCUGA